CUCCAAAGAUUAAACAGUCAACUCAAGAUGGCGCACCCUUACGUGAAACAAUACGGUUAUGGUUAGAGUUUAUUUCACGGAUAAACUCCGUUCCCAAAAGGGGUUUGAGAAUGAAAAUAAGUAACUAAAUGAAUCUAUGUCCACCAAAAAAAAGACAAACUAAAUAAAAUCGACGUUUAGUAUAUUUUGCCAGGCACAAAAUACCGAAGCGGAAGUGUUUAAGACGGAGCUCUCUUGCUUCCUCCCCUCGCUCGAGUGUGCUCGGAUUUUAGCCGCGAAUAUUUAAAAAUGGCGUCCCGGGGAACGUCUAUUUCCAAAGCCGCCAACAAACCAAAGAAAAGUACGUUGCUUUCCGACGCCCUCAAACUUGCAAACAGCACAUUCGAAACGCGAACUUUAGACUCCACCUUGGUCGGAGAAAGCAGCCAAACGGUAGAAGACGAUGACGGGCCGGCGGUGUUCGUCUGCGGGAAAUGCAGGCUGCCUGUCGGGGACUCCAUGUCUUGGGAUGGAGCCGAGGACCAACACUGUCAAAUACGCUUAAAAAGGACCACUGACAAUGUUUUCAUCGGAAAUGACUCUCGGCUGCAUGAAGCCAGCAAAGGUUAUCUCUGUAUCGUCAAGGAUCUGUUGUGCCGAGGCUGCCACUCGGUGCUGGGCAUGGUCUACUCCUCCACCCCCAAGAGGCUGGACAGCAAGAGAUUCACUUUCUGUUUCAACGUGGCCGACAUCGAAAGCUACGUGCUGGGCUCAGCCAGCCAGAUGUUGGCAGCCGAGGACCCCAAGGAGCAGCCGGUGACCGUGGAGUACAAAGGCCGUGUUGAAAAGCAGAUGUUUGAGAUGAAGGAGCUGGUGGUCUCCAUGGCUGAGAAGUUGGAGGAGCUGGAGUUCGGCGGUCAGGAGGCGUGACGCAAAUAUCGUGCACCUUCCUCCAUGCCCCCGUCCAAACAAAGACAGUCUGGCCCCGCCCCGACUCGCUCCUCGCCAUCAAUCACCCUGUCAGCACAAGCGGGGGCGGGGGGCGGGGGAAAACGCUUAUGUCAGCACAUUACCGCUUCGAUCGAUUUUACUUGUCUUUCCUACAAAUAAAAUGUUUUUUUCAAACAAAGUGGGUUAUAUUUGUGUAAUCUCUUCAAUUAGCAACAUCCGGGGGAGGGAUUUAGGAGUCAAGCGGCGCGUUUGAAGGCUUUAAGGUCGUGGCGGGCGAUUACCGGCGCUAAGUACGUUUGUUUACCAACUGCCCUCUAAUGUGCCUAGCAACACUUUCUACCUCGGCGGCGGGAAAUAAAAAGCCCCCUUGCCGCACCCGACCUCAGCCCUCCUCCUCCUCCUCCUCCUCCCUCCACGAGGUUUCAUCAGCCUCUUCUUGCUUCAUCAACAACAACCGCGUCCAACCAGCACGCCGUAUCCGAGGAGCCGUCACGAUGGCAACAGGGAGCACGUGCUAAAACGGAUGCCUGUUGCCACACACACACACACACACACACAGGGGGAGGAGCUAACAGCUAAUCGGUGUGUGUGAUGAUGAUGUCCUCCACCCCCUCCCUUCCUGGAAACAACAAGCAAACCACAUGUUUUUGUUGUUGCCAGAUGUUCAGCUCACAUUCAUACGUUUAUCUCCACCUGUGACCCCUGAGGUCACACACGUGCACUUUCUCCAGGUGUGUGAGAAAACACACUUCCAUGAGUGAGACGUUGUACGAGCGAGUCACCAGAUGACCUCACAGGCUUGAUACAUUUUGAAACCCAUUUC